AAGCGGGAAAAUUGUACAACAACCCGGAUGUAAACAAUACAACAGUUUGAACGGGUGUGGACGCUGCGGUGGAUUUAACGCAAAUUGUAUCCAUUGUUCAUUUAAAUCAGCGACGACAAUAUCAGAUUAACGUGGGAAAGUGACACUAGUGUCGUCGCAAAAUGCAGGAGGAUGCAAGCCGCUCUGCCACCUACACGAUGCCCUGUGAGGACUACGUCCAUGUAGUGGAGUUCAGCCCCUAUGACUGUGGCUCCGCAGCUUCUCUUCUGGCUUAUGGGGGAAACCAGUACGUAGUGGUGGGCACUUGUCGUUUUAAGGAGGAAAAUACGGACAUAGAAGGGGUCGAAUUCAACACUCUACGUGUCUUUGUGCAUGGCGUUCGUGUUGAUGCUCUUGCAUGGAGUCCAGAGUCCAGACUGGACAAACUGCCCCAGAUUAUUAGGUUUUGCACUGCUGCAGCUGACAGAAAGCUAAAGCUGUUUACGUCAGAUCUUCAGAACCGACAUGAAGUUAAGGUGAUGGAAGGACACACCAGUUACAUCAAUCAUGUAGUGUUUGAGCCCACGGAAGGAAAGCAAAUAGCAUCGGUCAGUGAUGAUCACACUUGCAGGGUUUGGGACUUGGACGGCAAUGAAACCGUCUCGUUUCGACUGUGGUCUCCAGGGGUCAGUGUAUGCUGGCACCCAGAGGAGGUCUUUAAGCUUAUGGUGGCUGAGAAGAAAGGCACCAUCCGUUUCUAUGACCUGGUCUCCCAGCAGGCCAUUCUGUCCCUGGACAGUGGACAGAUGCCACUGAUGUCUGCGGAUUGGUGCCUCACCAACACCAUUAAGGUGGGCGCCGUUGUAGGCAGUGACUGGGUGAUCUGGGACAUCACUCGCUCUAGUUACCCUCAGGAGAAGAGGCCGGCUCACUUGGACAGGGCGCGACUCUUCAGGUGGUCGAGAGCAAAUGAAAAUCUUUUCUCCACUACUGGCUGUCCAGGAAAGGUCAACAGUCAGUUUCAGGUGCAUCACCUCGGUCACCCUCAGCCUGUGAUGAUUGGCUCGUCUUCCGUGGGGGCAGGUCUUAGCUGGCACAGGAACCUCCCUCUGUGUGCGAUUGGCGGAGACCGAAAAAUCUCCUUCUGGACGACGGAGAUGUGAGCUGGUAUCUCCUUCUGAGGAAUGUAUCUAUUUUUGUAGCUCUUUUUCUUUAAUAAAGUCUGCUUUUUUUCAUAUGC